CCUCAGUCUUGCCAAGUCGUUCAUUCCAAGAAGGAAAAAUAUAUAUUUGCAAAAUCCUGUGAUCGAGGAAACUUCAAAGCCUUUCAGAACGUUUCAAAAUGAAAUUGUUCCAUCUGUUGGUGGCCGGCUUGAUAUUAUUAGCGUUCAGUUGGUCCGUGUGUCAGGCUCAGUCUACCUGUACCCAGUGCAUUGAUGGCAGCUGUGGAGCCACUAACCUUCUGGGGUGUCUUUCGGGCGGGCCACUUUGCAAUCGGACAACGAAUUGCUGUCAGUGUGUAGAAAAUAAGUGUCAAUACUCGACUGAUUGUAAAUGGAAGGCAUGUUCGGUUGGAGAAACGGCUAGUUGCAUCCUCAAAAGGGUGGGCAGCGAGUGCGUCUGUUUGAGUUAUAACUAUUGUACCGCAAAUGGGACACAAUUCUGCCCUGCUGAUAAAUUUCCUCGGAACAGCGCCUCGACUUAUGAUAGAAAUUGCCGUGUCGGUCCAGGCUUACUGGAUCCCAAUUAUGCAGAAGGGAGAGAGCAAAGAGGAUUUGCAAGACUAUGCAGAGGUGAUAGAUAUCAGGAAGAAUGCAAUUGUGUUCCAGCGGAAAAAGUCAAGUGUCGUUCUUGGGUGGAUUGCCACCAGCGAUUAACCCAAGUUGUGCAGAGCGACUGCCCAUCUACAAGCUUGGACUGCAUAAAUCGCACAUGUGCAUGCCCCCAACGGUGUGAAAGUAGGACUGAAUGUGCAUGUCAGUACGAAGAUCGUCGCUCCUGCGGUCCUAGUGGUUACUGCAACUGCGUUAAUUGGUGUCGCACUGAUCAAGGAUGCACAGAACGGCGGCAUUGCGCAAGUGGAACUAUAAGCAGAUGUGUUACAGGGUAUGGGCGAUGCACCCCUUGCCGAUUGGAGUGUAAUUCUGACUUGGACUGUGCUUCCCUAAACUGCACAGGCAAUACACAGUAUAAAAAAUGUAUCCAAGACGUCUGUUCCUGCGUUCAGUGUAAGGCUGAUUCUGACUGUGCUUCCCUAAGCUGUCCAGCAAAUAAACCGUACAAACAAUGCUACGGGAAUACGUGCACCUGCGUUGAAUGCUUGGAAACCUACCAAUGUCCCGAUUGUACUGGAUUCUCGAAAAAAUUGUGUAAGCAGAUCGGAGAUCCCAAAAAUACGUGCACAUGUUUGAAUCCAUACGGCUGUGAGAAGAAUGCCGAUUGCCACAACAACAACUCGUAUGAUUGCGGUUUAUUCUCAUUGGCACCGCCUUGCUGUUGGAGAAGGUGCGAUUUGAGUAUGGUGUGCCAAUGCAGAAGUUCUUCUGAUGCCCUUUUGGGUUGUGAAGGCGGAAGAAACGGAUUCGAGGCGCGUGCUAACUGUUAGCAACGCAGUAUUGAUGCAUAAUUUGUUUGACAACAUUAAUUUUUCUUUGAACUUGAAAUUUACCUUGACCCUCAAACUGUGUACCUGGAUUUUAAUAAUCCAUUUGAACUAAAUCUGUUAAAUACAAACAAUUCUAAAUAAUAAUUUGAUUGAAAUAAAUUGAUUUAUAAGUAA